GUUAGAUCUAAGUGUCUGAACUAUGCCAAGCGUGUCUGUGUUAGAUUUAUGUGACGUAGGUUUAUUUCAUUGUUGGCAUCCGACUGUGUUCACUGAGUAAUCUCGUUGGCGUGUCCUCUCAAUGGCAACCACCCAGACUUGGAAAAGUGAGCAGUAAUUUGGAUCAUAGAGUUUAACCAUAAUGAACGUGGAAUUGCCGAUAUAACUUGGGCCUUACAUGUAAUAGGAAAUGUCUCAAUUAUAUUAAAGUGCAGUUAUAAACCCAGAUUGUUUUAAGAACUCCAUCUCCAUAUUUUUUUCAGUCGGGGGUCAUGGUUUCUGUCAGCUAUAUCUCCGGGGGGGGGGCGGGGGGGGGGCAGUACACCCCCCUCCCCCGGGAAAAAACCCCCCCAAAAAAAAAAUAAAAUAAAAUAAAUCUGAACUGCGCCCCCCCCCCCCCAAAAAAAAAUCUGAAGUGCUCCCUCGGGGGAAAAUUUCUGAAAGAAACACUGGUCGCGGUCAGCUCCCGCAGCUCGAGCUCUAGCGCAGGGUUCAGCAAACUACGACCCGUGGGCUAAAUCUGACCUGACGCCGACUUUUUCUUGCAGUAGUUUUAGACUGAGUUGUACAUUUGAAAAUUAUUUUUGAAAAAAUAAAUCUUCUAGAUCAUGAUAUCAACGCGUGGGAUAUUACCGUUUGACGAUGCUACAGCGUCACGAUGAUCUUUGACAACGUACAAUAAAGGUUUUAUUUUAUAUCCAUUCAAAUGUCCACUAUCCCCCAAACCCCCCCCCCCCCGACUAUUUUUCAUUAAAAAUGUGAUGGUAGACCUCACCAUAUUAUAGCUACUUUUUAAAUUUUUUUUUUAACAAUCCCUCAGAUCUGAACGUCAUGGCAACACUGACCAGACAAAUCACACUGACUCUGCUGUUGACCUGCGUCUACCAAGACCUGGCGUUAACUCAGACAACCGACGAGCCAAGCCAUGAUUUUAUUGAAGAGCUGAAAACAAUAAGCUACAACUGCUUUGAGCAAAUUUUAACCUGUAGCAAUGGAAAUACAAGCACGCUUUUUAAACUUGACGAAAAGAGACGUUGCGAGAAAAUUAGAAAUGAAGCUGGUUCCGGUUGUUUAAAGAACCAACAAAAAUGCACUGACAGCGAGAUAGAGAGGAUGGAGCGCGCGGCCUGUGAUGCUAAACGUCUUCAUCUAGGUUUCCUGACCAUCGCAAUUUGUGUCCUAGUACUUUUGUUGGGUCAAAUGCAAAAUGUUCAGCCUCUGAUAUCAACUUAACUCAUUGGCUUGGAACUUUAAGCUUACUUUAUUUGAAAUGCAUGUUAAAAUUUAAUUUUAUUAAAAUUGCAUGAAAUAUUCAUUUAGCCUCAUCGCUAAUUAAAUCUCCAACCUCUUCAAGUUCCAUAUCAACCAUUUGUAUUCACUAAAAAUGCAUACAGGGUUUGUUAUGAAAAUUAAAAUUUAAAAAAAAAAACAACAUUGUUUAUGUAAUACAGAUUUAGGAUAAGAAAAUAAAAUAUAAAAUAAGAUAAGAUAAUUUAUUGAAUGAAAGAAAUGUUAAGGUUUUUUUUUACUACAUUGUGCAUAUUUAUUUUCAGCACAUAAAUAAAUACGUACUUUAACCAAGACAAAAUUAUACAAUUGAAACAUUUUAAACACAAUACAUCUAAGGUAAUUCUCUAUCGGAGAAAUCUGCCAUCAAAGAACACCUCGAGUGUAAAAAAUGUCGUAGUUAGUGAUAAUUUAGAUUUGGUAAUCGAUGCCGGUGCACUUAAAUUUAGUAGCCAAUGAUCAAAUUAUGUAUUUCAAGAGAAUAAAGAACAUGCAUAUAGAAGACUAUAUUUUCGCUUAAGGAC